AUGUCGCUCUUCGGCGACGAAGAUUACCAACCCGCAUCACGACAGAGUAACGCGAACAACAAAUCCUCUCUCUUCGACGACGGUCCGGGCACGCCGUCGAAACCCACCUCUUCCUCUAUCUUCGCGGAUAGCGGCGCGGAGGAUCAAAACCAGGACGAGUCGCCUUGGGGAUUCACGCCCUCGAAGAAGAAGAAUACUGGCAGCAGCUUGGUCAAGAAUCUUCUCUCCGACAGCGACGUGCCCGAAUCGUACAUUGACGCCUUCGACGCGCUGCAGCAGGGCGGGUCCGUCAGCCGGCAAGAGUGCGAGGAUCUGGUGCGGGACUGUGGGAUCGAUUCGCAAGAUCGCCAGAAGAUAUUCAGCGUUGUAGGAGCUGGGGACAAGUUCGGAAGAGGGGAGUUCAACGUGUUGGUUGCCUUGAUCGGACUCGCGAAGGAAGGCGAAGAGCUUGGGUUGGACGCUGUGGAUGAGAGGAGGAGUAGAUUGCCCAAGCCGGAUCUACCUGUGCAGGUGAAGCAGACAUCUCAGCCUCAGCCUCCGCAACCGCAACCGCAGCAGCAGAUGGCGGGCGCACCGCAGAGCCAGGACAAUGGCGCGGUGAGGAAGCCGAGUUUCGGCGCUGGCUUUGGGGAGAGUGAUCCUUGGGCAAGUCCGCAGAUGCACAAGGGACAUGGACAUUUGAAUGGUAUUGGAGCUGGUCAGAGGACGACAAGCACGUUUACUACAAAUGCUUCGGAGCCAGCGGAGACUGGGACAGGUGGUUACAGCAAUGGACGAGCACCCCACAGCAGUGCUGGCAGCACGGGUAGCUGGGGCGGUUCGACUUCAUACACGGCAGCCAAUACUCCAGGAUUUGGCGGUGCUGGAGCAGGAGGUGAGGGUGAUGGGUUUGGAGAUGAAGGCGCUGCUUCAGGAACCGUUCGACGCCCGGCACAACCUCGACCAACGCUGAGCAAGGGCGCAGAGGAGCUUGUGACUGUGAAUUUGCUCGAAGAAAAGGAAGGCAUGUUCAUGUUCCAGCACCGGAACUACGAAGUUGCCUCGAUACGUCGCAACAGCAAGGUCAUCCGAAGGUACAGCGAUUUCGUCUGGCUGCUGGAUUGUCUGCAUAAACGGUACCCUUUCCGCCAGCUGCCUCUUUUACCGCCGAAACGAGUGGCGAUCAACGGCAACCACAUCGCUGCGGAUGCUACAUUCAUCGAGAAGAGGCGGAGAGGGCUGGCGAGGUUUGCUAACGCGCUUGUUCGUCACCCCGUGCUGAGAGAGGAGCAGCUGGUGGUCAUGUUCCUGACGGUGCCUACGGAGCUCGCUGUUUGGCGAAAGCAGGCCACGAUCAGUGUUCAAGAAGAAUUUGUUGGACGUGCUCUUCCUCCGACGCUGGAAGACAGCCUUCCACAGAACCUGCAGGAUACAUUUGAUACUGUUCGAUCUGGAGUUCGAAGAAGCGCUGACUUGUACAUCAACCUGUGCAACCUGGUUGAACGUGUCUGCAAGCGCAAAGAAGGCAUCGCAGCAGAAUAUGGACGUCUAAACCUCAACCUGAACACCCUUACUGAAACCAGCGCGGAUACUUACGCCAUUGAUACUAACGACGUACCUCUACUCAACGAGGGCAUCGUAAGCACCGCCAAGCACAUCGGAACUUCGCAGUCCUUACUGGAAGACGAGGCUCGAGCGUGGGAUGAGGGCGUCCUGGAGGAUCUUAAGACGAUGCGAGACUCUCUAGUCAGCAUGCGGGACAUGUUUGAUCGCCGGGACCGAUACGCGAAGGACAACAUCCCUACAUUGGAAAAGAGGAUCCAGGCGAACGAGCAGAAGCUGCAGACGAUCCGAGCCAAGGGUGAUGCUGCGAAGCCUGGGGAGGCGGAGAAGGUUGGCAAUGCAAUUACUGCGGACAAACAAAGCAUCGUGAAUCAGCACGCACGCGGCGUCUUUAUCAAGGAGUGCAUCCGUGACGAGCUUCUGCACUUCCAACAUACGCAAUACCGCGUUUCUCGACUGCACCAGGACUGGGCGCAGGAGCGUGUGAAGUACGCUGAGCUUCAAGCGGACAACUUCCGGGGAUUGGUUGAUGCUGUUGAAGGCAUGCCGCAAGGUGAGAACCCACCUACGAACCUUGGGUGA